ACUUUACAGUUCCAGCGGAUGUAGCCACCCCAAUCGUCUCUCUUCAAACACUUUGGGAAUCUCUCCAAGGAGCGAGAAGGCCGGCGGUGGGGUGGAUGGGGUGGGCAGGAGCAGCACCCAUCCCUCCCUUCAGGGUGGCCGCCCUCAGGAGCGACGCAGACCUCCGGGACCAGCGUGGGGACCAGCAUAGAGACCAGGGAAGCAAAACUGCGCUACACGUCAGAUCCAGGAAACGAAACCCGAGCCGUGUCAGCAUCAAGAUUACUCCCAGGUUACUCCUUUCCCCCCGCUGACUGCAGAGGAGGUUGUGCGACAUCUGUGCCGGGCGGUUAAAGGGCAAAGUGGAAAAAAGAGUCACUUGGACCUUGGCUGUCUCCGGGCUGCGCAGGAACAACUGCAGCCACAGAACUAUUUAAAUCAUGGAUACAAAAGACAUGCAAAUGAAUGCUCCUCAUCCAGAAACAGAUGUGCUGCCACCUGGGUAUCCUCCUCAGUAUCCACCAGCAGCAUUCCAAGGACCCCCAGGACAUACUGGAUACCAUGGACCCCAGGCUGCCUACCCAGUCCCACCAGCUGGCUACCCAGGCCCACCAGCUGGCUACCCAGGCCCACCAGCUGGCUACCCAGUGCCACCAGCUGGCUAUUCACAUGCUGGCCCAGUUGGUUUCCCUGUUCAGAAUCAGCCUGUAUAUAAUCCGCCAGGUGGACCUGCAGGGGUACCAUGGAUGCCAGCACCACCACCUCCAUUAAACUGUCCACCUGGAUUGGAAUAUUUAAGUCAGAUAAACCAGGUACUGGUUCAUCAGCAAAUUGAACUUUUGGAAGUCUUAACAGGUUUUGAAACUAAUAACAAAUAUGAGAUUAAGAACAGCCUUGGGCAGAGGGUUUACUUUGCAGUGGAAGAUAAUGAUUUCUGUACCCGAAAUUGCUGCGGGCCAAGUAGACCAUUUACAUUGAGGAUUAUUGAUAAUAUGGGUAAAGAAGUUAUAACUCUGGAGAGACCACUAAAAUGUUCCAGCUGUUGUUUCCCCUGCUGCCUUCAAGAGUUAGAAAUCCAAGCCCCUCCUGGUGUACCAAUAGGUUAUGUUAUUCAGGACUGGCACCCAUGUCUUCCAAAGUUUACAAUUCAAAAUGAGAAAAGAGAGGAUGUACUAAAAAUCAUUGGUCCAUGUGUUGUGUGCAGCUGUUGUGCAGAUAUUGAUUUUGAGAUUAAAUCUCUUGAUGAACAAAUUGUGGUUGGCAAGAUUUCCAAGCAGUGGUCUGGGUUUGUGAGAGAGGCAUUUACAGAUGCUGAUAACUUUGGGAUCCAGUUCCCUUUAGACCUUGAUGUUAAAAUGAAAGCUGUGAUGGUUGGUGCCUGUUUCCUAAUUGACUUCAUGUUUUUUGAAAAUACUGGAAACCGGGAACAAAGAACAGGAGUGUGGCAGUAGAUUGGUGAAAGUGUCCUCAGACAUUUAUAGUCUGUAUAUUGGUUGGGACUAUCUUUUUUUUUUUUUUUUUAAUUACUGACAUCUGUCUGAAUUAAGCUGCGAUUCCUUUACCUCCAGUUGUAUGAUUUUUCUUUUACAAUUGCAGAGGUUAUUUUCUGUAUCACUGAUUUAUAAAUGUUUUUAUAUGUUUUUGAAUAUUCAUUGAGAAUUCGGGAGAAAGGACAUAGGAGUUUUUACAUUUAUAAAUGAAACUUUGCAUAGAAAAUUGCUUUGAAUUAUAAGCUCUGAUUUAUUUUCCAUUUUCAUAGCAAAAUUAAAGCCUUAUUAAAAUAAUCUUAAUAAAAAUUAUAUUUUACUCUGUUAAAUCUAGUUAUACUUUAUUUCAGACAUACCAACUAGUGUUAUUUUGCAAAUGUUAUAUAUUCCAAAAGUUAAAAAAUAAGUUUUAUAUCAUUAUGUUCAGAUAAUACUCAAUAUACACCUUAUCCAGGAUAAUUAAAAUGUUCAUUUUUUUGAUCUUC